GAGAAGCAUACUGUCGGAUUGCAUAAUUUAGAUGAAGUCAGUGAACCAUCGACGGAUAUUCCCGGGCAUGACGCGUUUGUAAAUAACAAUGAUAGCUCAGGCAUAGAUGAAAAGUCCUUUCAAGAAGAUGUAUACCAGAGCAUCUUUGCUUCAGAUCCAAAAUUGCAAGAAUUUCUUGUAAUAUGUCCCCAAAAGUCAUCUUCUUGUUGUUGAUAGCUAACCCACAAGUUCUUUAGCCCGGAUCGAUAAAGGAGUCAGUGGCAAUGAAGGAAGAAAGGGAAGGAAGCAUCCGAGUACAGGUCGUACUCAACGAUGGAGCGCGCGAAAGUAUGAUCCUCUUGACAGGCCUAAAGAAUGUAUUUCAAAAGCAGUUGCCCAAGAUGCCUAAAGAGUAUAUUGCUAGACUUGUGUAUGACCGAAAUCACCGUAGUCUUGCUCUUAUUCGCAACCCAAAUAAAGUGAUCGGUGGCAUAUGUUACCGACCCUUUGACGCACAGGAGUUUGCUGAAAUUGUUUUUUGUGCCAUUGCAUCAACAGAGCAAGUCAAGGGAUAUGGAUCAUUCAUUAUGAACCAUCUUAAAGAUUACGUGAUAGAUCAUUCCAACGUAAAGCAUUUUCUGACCUAUGCGGACAACUUUGCUAUAGGUUAUUUUCGUAAACAAGGGUUUACAACAGAGAUUACUCUUGACAAGCGAAAAUGGAUUGGUUAUAUUAAGGAUUAUGAAGGGGGUACAAUCAUGCAGUGUAGCAUUUUGCCACGAGUGAAGUAUCUGGCAAUCCAUGAAAUAUUAAGCAUACAGCGGAAUGCCAUACUAAAGAAGAUUAAAGAACGGUCCACAGAGCAUGUAGUGUACCCAGGAGUUAAUAUACCCAAAGGAGAAUCGAUUGAUCCAUAUGAUGUACCUGGUAUAGAAGAGUCUGGAUGGACACCUGAGAUGGAUAUGCUAUCAAAUAAGCCAAGACAUGUUCCUCAUUAUCGUGAAAUGUUGUAUUUAGUAGAAGAGAUGCGAAAUUAUACGGAGGCUUGGCCAUUCUUGGAACCAGUGGAUGCAGAGGAAGUUGCAGACUAUUAUGAGAUUAUCAAAGAACCUAUGGAUCUGACUACACUGGAAGAAAAUGUCAAAGCGGAUAGUUAUCCUACCCUGGAAGACUUUAUUAAAGAUACUCAAAAGAUAUUUGAUAACUGCAAGACAUAUAAUGCAGAAGACACAGAAUAUGCAAAGUGUGGAGUAAAACUAGAGCGAUUCUUUUAUGAAAAGUUGCGUUCAAUAAAUAAAAACUGAUUUCUAAUUGUGCA